AGUCAAACUGCUUAAACUACACAACGGCCAGUUUGGGAGCACUCUGUUAUGAAGCCGUUACCCCGUUUCCCACUUCACUAACAAUAAAGCAGCUUGACAUUCCCAACCCAUGCACCAAACCUCAUCCCGAACCUCCAGUCCCCAAGCGAUACAAUUCCCAGCCUUACUCCGAGCCUAUGAGUCUAUAUAUACAUCUCCAAUUUGAUUAUCGUUCACAGUUCCCACACCCAAGGCUCCAGAUACCUGCACGAUCAGCUAUUUUUCUUCUCUCUCUACCAAGUUGUGCUUCCAUCUUCACUACAAUUCGCUGCUUCAAUUUGUUCUUUCUUCGGGGUUUUCGCGUGGGGAUUGUUGACGUGGAGUGUGAUCUCUGCCAUUGUUGUGCGAGACAAGUGUCUGACUGGAGAAGAAAUUUUGUUGGAGAAACAAUCAUGGCGCAGAGUCAUUUGGAAUUGGAUAAGCUGCUUAAUGAAUACAUUCAUAACUAUUUCUUGAAAAGAAAAUUGUAUAAUUCAGCAAAAGUUUUCAUGACUGAAGCGAAAAUUGAUCCAGGUUAUGAAGCUAUUGAUUCUCCUGAAGGAUUCCUUCUUGAAUGGUGGACUGUUUUUUGGGAAAUCUACCUUACAAGGGCAAAUGAGAAUUAUUCUGAACCAGCUGCAGCUUAUAUAAAGACUCAACUAUAUAAGAUGAGGGAGCAACAACAGCAGCAGCAGCUUCAGAUGCAGCAGUUGCAACAGAUGCAGCAGCAGCAUCCAGGUGGUCCCAUGGACUCUGAAAGAAUGGAUGAAAACAACAUUGAUUCAGGGACACAACAGAUGGCACCUCUCAAGCAGUUGAUACAAGGAAAUACUGGAGGCAUGUCUGGAGCCAUGCAGCAAAUGCAAGUAAGGCCGCAACUGGCUGCAUCAUCAAUUUAUGGACAGGCAAUUCUUCAGUCGAAAUACGGACUUGGUGGUGCAGGGUUGAAUCAAGUCAGUGGACUUUCACUGAAGGGUUGGCCCCCGACAGGGAUCAACCAAUUAGGGACGAGUUCGGGUUUACAUAAGCCCAACCAGCAGGCUCUAGCACAAGCUCAGAUACAAGGGAACUUUGGAAAUUCAUCUUUCAGAAAUUAUGGAUCUCCGAUGCAAUCAGAUUUUUCUUCCUCUCAACAACAGUAUCAGUUGCAGCAUCCACAACAAAUGCAACAGACUCAUGCUGAGCACAAAACGGAGACUUCUAAAGGUUUUUCAUUUAGAGAAGUUGGUUGCAUACGAGCAAAAAACAAAGUGACUUGUUGCCACUUUUCACCAAAUGGGAAGUGGUUGGCUUGUGCCGGGCUUGACAAAAAGGCUGUUUUUUGGAAUAUGGAUACUUUGCUAACACAUACCACCACAUAUGAACAACAUCAAGACUCAAUUACGGAUGUUCGCUUCCGGCCAAAUUCUACUAAGUUUGCGACAACUUCAUUAGACAAAUCCGUGAGAAUAUGUGAUCCAAGCUGUUGUCUGCAUGCUUACACAGGUCAUACUUCCCAUGUCAUGUCCCUUGACUUCCAUCCUAAGCAGAAUGAUCUUUUCUGUUUCUCUGAUGGUAAACACGAAAUACAAUAUUGGAUUAUGAACCCAUUUUCACGCGCCCGGAUUUCCAAGCAAGAAGGCAGUGGUCAAGUGAGGUUUCAACCUAUAACUGGACAACUGUUGGCAGCUGCAUCAGACAAGUUGGUUUCCAUAUUUGAUGUUAAAACCGACAAGCCAACACACUCUUUUCAGGGGCAUUCUGGUGUGGUCAGUAACAUUUGCUGGGAUGUUAAUGGAGACCACUUGGCUUCUGUGAGUGAGGACUGCGUUAAAGUUUGGUCGUUAAGAUCUGGAGAGUGCAUCCGUCAACUCAACUCCGUUGGGAACAAAUUCUACUCUUGUGUUUUUCAUCCGAGUUAUCCUUCUCUCUUGAUCGUAGGAGGAUUGGGGUCUUUGAAGUUGUGGGCAGUGGCGGAGAACAAAACCAUGACAGUCCCUGCACACGAGAACAUAAUUGCAGCUUUGGCACAGUGCCCUGUGACAGGAAUGAUUGCCUCUGCUAGCCACGAUAACUCCGUCAAGUUGUGGAAAUAGUUCGGGAUUCGCUUGUCGGGAAACUUCAUACAUAUCUGCAAGUAGAGUUUCAUGGCCAUCUUGUAAGAAAUAUAUCAUUUGAUAUCACCAUAGAUCUUAUGUACAUAAAAAUCAUCAUCAAUGCAUAUAAUAUGACCACAGAUAUACCAGAUUAGUUUUAAAA